AUGAGCCGAUUCUUGAAUUGCUGCUUCACCAGUCCAAUUUCAAUUUCAAGGCAAGCCCCAGAUUCACAGGUAUCACCGGACGUUAUGGAGAAGAAAUCCGAUAUCAAUGUCGCCGGUAACUUUCCGAGCGAGAAAUCGAGUGAGCAUGUAAAUGACCCCGUUAUCACGCCUUUUCCCAACAUCAUUCUUAACCAUGAUUUUUCGGAAGGACUUCAUUUGUGGCAUCCCAAUUGCUGUGAGGGCUCUGUGGUAUCCUCAGAGUUUAAUCACCCUGUAGAGCUUCCGUUCAAACACAAUAGCCGUUUUGCGAUUAUUACAAACCGGAAAGAAUGCUGGCAGGGCCUCGAGCAGGACAUUACAGACAGGGUCAAGGCAGGCACCACUUACUUGGUCAGAGCUUGGGUCGGAAUAUCCGGGGCUCCUCAUGGUUGUUCUGAUGUCCUGGCCACUCUGAAACUCGAGCACCAAGAUUCGUCUGUCGGUUAUUUGUCCAUUUCUAGAACAUCUGCUUCAAUGGGGCGCUGGGAUAAGAUAGAAGGCACAUUCUGUUUGUCAACCGUGCCUAAACGAGUUAUCUUCUAUGUGGAAGGGCCUUCCCCUGGUAUCGACUUACUUAUACGAUCAGUCGUAAUUUCCAACACUUCUUCCAGUCAAUGUAAUACUCGAGCUGCUGGCACUGUGUGUGAUGAAGAUGGCAACAUCAUACAGAACCCAACAUUUGAAGAUGGCCUCAAUAAUUGGUCUGAGAGAGGCUGUGGUAUCGAGUUGCAUGAUUCCAUGGGAGAUGGAAAAAUCCUUCCCAUGUCAGGAAAACACUUUGCAUCCACAACGAACCGCACACAGAACUGGAACGGAAUUCAGCAGGAGAUAACGGGGAGGGUACAGAGAAAGCUUGCGUACUAUGUUUCUGCUAAUGUCCGAAUAUAUGGUAAUAAUGUCAACAGUGCAAACAUUAGUGUCACAGUGUGGGUUCAGGAAGCUGAUAACCGUGAGCAGUACAUAAAUGUUGGCAGGUAUGACGCCUGCACGACAGAGUUUUGGAAAUUUCUUCUGAAUGGUUCCCCCUCAAAAGUGGUCAUAUAUUUAGAAGGCCCACCUCCAGGCACUGAUAUUCUCCUCGAUAAACUCGUCCUGAAGAAUGCCCCCAAACCCACGCCGGCAUCCCCACCAGUCAUUGAGAAUCCCUCUUAUGGAGUCAAUAUAAUUACCAACAGCAACCUUAGUGACGGCACCAAUGGAUGGUUCCCACUCGGGAACUGCACUCUCACCGUUGCCAAUGGCUCUCCACGCAUUCUUCCUCGCAUGGCUGCAGACUCUCUCGGGGCCCACAUGCCCCUGAGUGGCCGCUACAUUCUCGCAAGCAAACGCACUCAGACAUGGAUGGGCCCCGCCCAGAUGAUCACCGACAAAGUGAAACUCUAUUUGACGUAUCAAGUGUCCGCGUGGGUCAGGACUGGGACUGGGGCCACCCAGCCUCAAAAUGUGAAUGUUGCUCUCAGUGUUGAUGGCCAGUGGGUGAAUGGUGGCCAGGUGGAGAUUAACGAUCACCAAUGGCACGAGAUUGGUGGGUCCUUCAGAAUCGAAAAGCCGACAGCAAAGGUGAUGGUUUACGUGCAGGGUCCCGAUGCCGGGGUUGAUCUGAUGAUUGGAGGUCUUCAGAUUUUUCCAGUGGAUAGGUGUGCCAGGUUUAGACACUUGAAGGUGCAAACGGAGAAGAUACGCAAGCGCGACGUCACCUUAAAGUUCACCUCGUCCGACUCGAACACCCUGGCUGGCUCCUUCCUCAGAAUAAAACAAACACAAAACAGCUUCCCCUUGGGAUCAUGCGUGAACCGCACCAACAUCGACAAUGAGGACUUUGUCACAUUUUUCACCACCUACUUCAACUGGGCCGUCUUUGGAAAUGAGCUCAAGUGGUACUGGACCGAGCCCCAGAAGGGCAGCUUCAACUACCGGGACGCCGACGAGAUCCUCGCCCUGUGCGAGUCCCAAGGCAUCGAGGCCCGCGGCCACUGCAUCUUCUGGGAGGUUGAGUCCGCCGUCCAGCCGUGGGUCCGAGCCCUCUCCAAGUCCGACCUGGCGUCUGCUGUCCAAAACCGCCUUUCGGGCCUCCUCACACGCUACAAGGGUAAGUUCAAGCACUACGACGUGAACAACGAGAUGUUGCAUGGGUCGUUCUACCAGGACCGCCUGGGAACCAGUGUCCGGGCCGAAAUGUUCGAGACCUCGGCCAAGCUCGACCCAUCCGCCACCCUUUUUGUUAACGACUACCACGUGGAGGAUGGGUGCGACUCGCGCUCGUCCCCCGAGAAGUACAUAGCUCAGGUUGUGGGCCUCUGGGAGCAGGGGGCACCCGUGGGGGGACUUGGGAUACAGGGCCACAUAGGCAACCCGGUGGGGCCCAUUGUGCAGUCGGCGCUCGACAAGCUGGCCACGCUGGGGAUCCCGAUCUGGUUCACGGAGCUGGACGUGUCGUCUGAGAACGAGUACGUGAGGGCGGACGACCUGGAGGUAAUGCUGCGGGAGGCUUAUGCGCACCCGGCGGUGGAGGGAGUGAUGCUGUGGGGGUUCUGGGAGCUUUUCAUGAGCCGGGAGAACGCGUACCUUGUGAAUGCUGAGGGGGAGGUCAACGAGGCCGGGAAGAGGUAUAUGAAGCUGAGGCAGGAGUGGCUGACGCAGGCGCACGGGCAUGUGAGUGAGGAUGGUGAGUUUGUGUUCAGAGGGUUUCACGGGUCGUACGAUGUCGAGGUUGUAACACUUUCGAAGAAGAAGGUGGUGAAGACGUUUGUGAUCGAGCCGGGGGAGGAUUCGGUUGCGAUAACAGUAAGUCUGUAG